CCCGCUUGAUCGGCGUCUCUGGACAGCCCUGGUUUUAGCAUCUCCAGCACACCUUUUUUAAUCUGCCGAGGAGUAGGUUUCUUCCACACGGGAAGGGAGGGAGGAGUGGGGUGGGGGGAGUCGAGUCCAGCCCAAGUCAUGGCCCGCAACUUAUAGCUUGCACUUCGCCUUUCCUGCCCUUCUCCCCGUUGGCGUCACUGUUUUCCCCUGUAGUCUCGUCCGACAACGCGGAUUGAAGGUUGUUGAGCAAGAGAUAGUAGUUCAGUGUUGUGUUGUGGGUUUUGGAGGAGGCGCCGAGGGCUCAAUAGUGGUACCCAUGGUUUGACUUGCUGAUCUGAUCGUGAACUCGGAUGGGUUAUUUCGUAUGUUAGGGUAGUUUGGAUUGGCCUGUGUUUGUCGACAUGGGUUGGGUGAAGCUGUGUUUGGAUGGAGGUGGAUCUUGGUGGAGCUCUGGGGCCUUGGGUUUGUGGUGAUUUACCGACUUUUUGAGCGAAGGGUUUUUGGGUCGCUUGAUUCGAGGAAAAAGGAUCCCCAGGACUGCGGAGGAGCAUUAGCUGUAGAGCGUUGGUUGGAUAAGUAGGGUAGGGUAGUAGUUUUGCAGAGGUUAAGAUUGAUAUGGUGUACAGAAGCACGUGCGGAUAACCAAAAGAGCCAUGAGUUCUGUAACUAAUCUUGUAUAUUAUGCAUCGGUGUCGAGGGAGAGUACUGUGCUUGUGGAGCAUAGGAAUCCCAAGGAAGACCUAGCAGCAGAUGUGGGCGUGGAAUGUCUCGAGAAAGUUCCACCCUACCACCUCCAGUUCUCAUAUACCAUUAAGCAACGCAUGUUCAUCUUUUUGAUAGACAGCCCAUUCAUAUACUGUGCGAUUGUGGAUGAGGCGUUGGGUAAGGGGAAAACAUUUGGGUUUCUGGAGCGGGUCAGGGAUGAAUUCAAGAUAUUGAUUCGAUCUCGUGGACUGGAUCCCAUGCGGCUGGACUACAAUGCUAUGAGCAGUGACUUCGCUGGUGUUUUUAAGCAUUUAGUGAAGCCGCUUGUGGGCAUACCUCAGAAGGAGUUCGAUUUAAAUGAUGACAAUCUCUCUGAUUCGAAAGACGAUACUUGCUUGAGUCCGUCUAAUUCAGCCCGGGCCGAACAUUCUCACCCAGGGGCAAAUGGUGGUCCGUCCCCUCUUACCGCGAUUGGUCAUCGAGAUUUCAACGCUGGCAAAAAGCCCAGUAAAGAUCAGCAGGUCAUUCAGGUGAAGGAAAUCAUGAUGACAAACAGUGGUAAGGCGCUCGAAACAUGCAACGCCUCCGAGAUGGAUCCUGGCUUGAAAAAGCUGAGGAAUCGACAAAUAGCGUCGCAAAUGUGGUGGAAGAAUGUGAAGCUUGUACUAAUUCUGGACCUCGUCGUGUGUUUUGUGCUGUUUGCCAUCUGGCUCGGCAUCUGUGGUGGAUUCAGCUGUGUAAAGUGAACCAGGAGGGAAGGUCUUCUGUAGUUACAUUUUUAAUUUGGGGGUUUUUCUGCAAUUUUUCAAUAGCUUGUUCUGUGUGAUGUAGGUCUCUUCAAGCCUAGACUUGCACUGAAAUACGUUCACUUAGCUACCUGCUGUGUUGUAGUCACGAUGUUGCAAAAUUUGUGUUUGGGGUAUGGGGUUGAAAUUAAUGGUGGCAGGCUUUUGAAGCCUUCCUGUUUCAAUCUCUUGUCUCUCGAGAAUUUACUGGCAGUAAUAGCCUCUCGAGAGGAGAAAUAGACAGAAGUGAGUGUGUAUAGAGAUGACUCAAGCUCGGGUGACGCAGAUCAUAAACCAGUUCUUCAGUUUCCACUUUGAAUGAAUCCACCUGAAUUUCAGCUUUAGGUUAGUUGUCUAGUUUUUUCAUUCUUUUUGUUCCAAGCGUACUUUGCAGUAAAUCUUUACCAAUUUAACA